AUGAUUUUUGAACACAAUGAAACUGCUUAUGGUCAAAACCUAAGAGGUUUUGACGCAUUCGUGCCUGAUGCUUUUGACCCACGAUUUCCUAUUUCACCUGCUACCCUUGCCGGAGCUGCCGCAUACAAGGCCGUGAAAUUACAUGAAGAAAAUUAUCAUCUUACGGGUCUAAAUCCACGUCAAAAUCAUAACUAUGCCAUAAAUCUUAUACGUGAAAGUGCUGCUAAUGAGGCUAAUCUACUGUUACAAAGAUUUCCAUUACCUGGUAUUGAUCCCAUGAUUGUUGUGGUUUCUGCCGAAGCUGGUGCUCACCGAUUAUAUGAUCAUGAAAAUUUCUUAUAA